ACAGGAAACAAAGUGAAAUUGCAUUCAAAUCUGACGGCUCGUAAGAACACAGGAUGGGGACUCCUGGUUCUGGGAGGAAAAGGACGCCUGUGAAAGACCGGUUUUCGGCGGAAGAUGAAGCUUUGAGUAACAUUGCCCGAGAGGCAGAGGCAAGGCUUGCAGCAAAACGGGCUGCCAGGGCCGAAGCAAGAGAUAUUCGAAUGAGAGAAUUGGAACGACAACAGAAAGAGCACUCUUACCAGUCCUUUGACCGGAAAUGGGGACAGAUUCAUAAGUGGCUGGAAGAUGCGGAAAGGGCCAGGUUUUCCCACCGGUCCAGUCAUCAUCGCCCUUCUCUGAAGGUCGAGGAUGCGUUGUCCCUUCGAAGUCUCGGCAGUCACAGGUAUGAUUCUCUGAAGGACAGAUCAUCAAGAUCUUCAUCAUUAAUUCAUUCUUACAGCCACUCCCAUGGAAUGAGGAGGAGAUCAUCUGGCCCUCAGAAGGACCUGCUGAGUGGCCUCUACUUUGACCAGAGAAGCUAUAGCAGUCUUAGGCAUAGCAAACCCACCUCUGCCUCCUACACUCGGUCUUCCUCUUUGUCCAGUGACCCCCUGGCAACAUCUAGAAGUAACAGGGCCUCCCUUAUUGCAAAUUCUGGUCUGCUGAGAAGUGCCAGCCUGGCAUCAUUGAAUGAUGGUGGAUUAUAUAGCCCUUAUGGUUCCCGAACUCCAUCUGAAUACAGCUAUUACUCAUCCAGAGCAAGUUCAGGCCGAAGCAGUCCUGUGCUUUCCAGUGAUGACGCCGUGAGCAUUGUUUCUUCUGAUCGUGCCAGUCAUGGGCGAAGGGGAAGUGUGGUGUCUACGGCUGAUUACUUCAGUCGCUCCCAUCACAGGGGAAGCAUUGUUUCUGAGGUGGAUGACGUCAGUAUCCCAGAUUUGACCUGCUUGGAUGAAAAAUCUGACAAACAGUAUGCUGAAAAUUACACAAGGCCUUCAUCUCGAAAUUCUGUGUCAGCAACAACUCCUCUGAGUGGAAACUCAUCCAGGCGAGGGAGCGGGGACACCAGCAGCUUGGUCGAUCCAGACACCUCAUUGAGUGAAUUACGGGAUAUCUAUGACCUUAAGGACCAGAUACAGGAUGUAGAAGGGAGAUACAUGCAGGGGCUUAAAGAACUGAAGGAGUCCUUGUCUGAAGUGGAAGAAAAAUACAAGAAAGCCAUGGUUUCCAAUGCACAGUUAGACAACGAGAAGAACAAUCUGAUCUACCAGGUAGACACCCUCAAGGAUGUGAUUGAAGAGCAGGAGGAACAAAUGGCCGAAUUUUACAGAGAAAACGAAGAAAAAUCAAAGGAGCUAGAACGGCAGAAACAUAUGUGCAGCGUGUUACAGCACAAGAUGGACGAGCUGAAAGAAGGCCUUCGGCAGAGAGACGAGCUCAUUGAGGAGAAGCAGCGCAUGCAGCACAAAAUAGACACCAUGACAAAAGAGGUGUUUGAGCUCCAGGAGACACUGCUUUGGAAAGAUAAAAAAAUUGGGGCCCUAGAGAAACAGAAAGACUCCAUUGGCUGCCUCAGGAGGGAGCGAGAUGGGCUCCGAGAGGAGCUGGCUGCCCUGCAGGAGACGGUGAAGGCCGGAGAGAAACACGGCUUAGUUAUAAUUCCCGAUGGCACGCCCAACGGUGACGUCCAUCAUGAGCCAGUGGUGGGAGCCAUCACUGUCGUGUCUCAGGAAGCUGCUCAGGUCUUGGAGUCAGCAGGAGAAGGACCACUAGAUGUAAGGCUACGAAAACUUGCUGGGGAAAAGGAAGAACUACUAUCACAGGUUAGGAAGCUGAAGCUGCAGCUGGAGGAGGAGCGGCAGAAGUGCUCCCGGAGUGACGGCCCAGCUGCUGACCUGGCGGGACUGCAGAAUGGCUCCGACUUGCAGUUCAUCGAGAUGCAGAGAGAUGCCAACAGACAAAUCAGUGAAUACAAAUUUAAGCUUUCAAAAGCAGAACAGGAUAUAACCACCUUGGAGCAAAGCAUCAGCCGGCUUGAGGGCCAGGUGCUGAGAUACAAAACGGCUGCUGAGAAUGCGGAGAAGGUUGAAGAUGAAUUAAAAGCCGAAAAGCGGAAGUUGCAACGAGAGUUACGCACAGCACUGGACAAGAUCGAGGAGAUGGAGAUGACCAACAGCCACCUGGCUAAACGCCUGGAGAAGAUGAAGGCCAACAGGACAGCGCUUCUGGCCCAGCAGUAGGGAGACCACUCUCCUCCGUGGGUGCAGCUCCCCGGGACCUGCGAGGGACUGACGCUCUUGUACAUUGACGCAAACCCCCUCAGUACUGUUUCGAGUUUUGUCAUUAAAACAGCUACCUUUGUAUUUUAUAAUUUAUGAGCAAAUGAA